AUGCGCGUGAAAGCCAUGGACGACUCUGAGUGCGAGUACGAGUCAGAGCCCGAGCCGGCCAUGAUCAGUUCGCGGACGAUUGUGAAAGCGUCAGGGCCUGAGUUCCACUUGUUCAACCAACUGCCGACCGAAUUGCGGCGCAUGAUCUGGAAGCUCUGCCUACCAAGCCGAGUUGUUGAACUCAACCACGCUCGGUGGGUGGCAUUUGACACAUUAUGCGAUGGUGAAUGGACAUCCAUUCAGAACACUCUCCCGCCACCCAUUUCACAAGUCAAUAGGGAGGCUCGCGCAGUUGCCAUGGAGGUUGCUGUCUUCAAGUGGACGAUCGACUCGCGCCACAAGACCAGUAAAUCAUGGGGCCUCUGGUUUCAACGAAAGAAGGAUACCAUUGUGAUGUACCGGAAGGAUGUCGCCCCCUUCGGUUACUACUACCAGGACUACCCUUUCGACGAGGUAGUUCGGAAGUGGUUUGCGAAGAAGGCACUUGGGACGGCUGUAUUCUCGGAGAUGAUCAAUCCCUGGAAUCGUUAUUCCGGAACCCAGGGACUGGAAGCCGGGAUGCAACAUGCUCCCAAGACUGGGUGGAAUGACCCGAUGAUCAUCCUGGAGAGCAUCCCUAUCCAUGCCCGGAGGGAGGAGGUGCUGGCGGCAGGAGUGUUCGGCAAGCUGGCCGACGAGCCCAUCCAGCUGGUUGACCCCUUGGAUGCGGAGCACAUCAGGCAGUACUACCAGCUUUACCAGGACCUGCCCAAGACCCGCCCGCAGAGCCCCAGUGCCCAGAGGUUCUUCGAGGUCUAUGCCAAACACCCUGGGCGAGUGGAGGUGUUCCAAGGCCUGGUGAGGGAUUGGAUUGAGCAAGGGAAGGCCCGAGAGUUCCAGCACCUCUGGGAAAAGUGGAAGGCCGCCAGGGACGACAAUUUCUCUGGCAUCGAUCAUCCAGAGAUGAUCUGGAUAGGUCCGGCAGCCGCCAAUAUGCUGGACGAGCGAAUCCUCAUCCUCGGGAGUGUCGAUGGUGGCAUCAACCUGAAGUUGUUCCGCCCUAACGAGACACACUCGUGGGUGCAGGCGAACCUCGUGAAGUCCAGCUUCACGCCUCGAAUCAUGUUCCGGUGGUGUGCAGAUAGUUGCUGGUCUGCCCCUGGACGUUAA